CCUAAUCCAAACAAAAAAUAACAUCAUAACUACUUUUCAGUUAAAUAAAUAUCUAUCAGCUGUCGCGUCCGUCUACGACUCGAGCGAGUUUGGCAUUGAAUAUUUAAUUUACAAUUAAAUAUUUACAUUAUUUAGGCGAUUCCAGCUCAUGCAAUAAAAUUUCGCAUGUGAGUGGCGUAUACAUAUUAUAUCCGUAAUAUGGGGAAUCAUCACAGUCACAAAUCGAGGGACGUCAGCCCCAAUUCCUCCCAUAACGGUUCCAGGAAGAGCAUUCCCAGGACCAGUUCGGGAGCGGACAUCCAGGACAAGCCCGAGAAAACCAACGAGAAACCUUUUGACCAAAUGCUGCCCAUCGAACGACUCGCUAAGAUUCUGAGUGACAAAGCCCAAGCUGAAGACCAUAUAAACGGAAUAACUUACAAUGUAUUUUAUAAAUACUUAUUCCCAAGAUAUCCCAUACUAGCGGACAAACUGUACAGAUACUUUUAUAAUCAGUCAAACUCGAAAAAUGACUUCAUUAUACCCGCGAGCUUUAAGCAACAGUGCGAUAAAUAUUUAGCUAUUCUAGAUGAUGGAGUGAUUUUAGACACAUGGGUAAAAAUGUGGUCGACUUUCGAUGAAGUGAAGGACUCGUACAUAAUAACCCCGGACGCUUUCACUUCCUUGCUUAUGUGUGCCUACCAUGUUAGCAUGGACCAUUAUUCGGGUGGACCCCAGAUGUGCUUGUCCAUCAAUAAAACUUUAAAAGCUGUCGUCGAAGGUUGUUUCUACCAAAAACAGAGUCUGUCCUCGCAGUACGUGUCCCAUUGGCUAGCAGAUAAUGUGUCGAGGUUACUGUUACCUUUACACAGAUAUGCCGUGCAUGCCAUAGCGACCGCUUGGAGGCACAUUGACCAAAAUGAACCUGCUGAGUCUACUGGCGUUGGGCUUACAAUGCCAACAACACCCACAGGUUUGGAAUUGACCACCCCAGUACUGGAGCAACAAGGCCCGUUUGGCCAAACCAAGAACCACAAUCCGCAUUUGUUGACGAUGAGCAUGUCGUGGCUGCUAGCGGGAGCUUUACCCGCUUUAUACUCUAGACCCCAAAAAGCGAAUUCUCCAAGCAGUAGCGGUACAGAUAGAAAGUUUUCUAUAGGACUGGCGAGCAUGACGUUCCUAUCGAAAAUCGCGUGUUCGAUCCCGUCCCACUGGACCCUGUUGUACGAUUCGGACGAGCAGGGGCUCGGUGCCAACCGGUUUUUGCACCACGUCCUCGGCUACAAAGGACCGACCAUCGUGAUAUUCCGCGUGGAAAACAACCAGAAGUUUUGCGUGUGUUCGCCCUGCGAGUGGAAGGAGUCGCAUCAUUAUUGGGGCGGCGAGGGGGCGGCCGUUUUUCAGUUACUACCCAAAUUCCAACUGUUAGAAAAAGGCUCGAAACUGCUCUACUUAAACACGAUGAUCAGGGGUUAUCCGCAAGGACUUAGGGCGGGUUCGGAUCCCAGGGAUCCCAUUAUCACCGUCGACGGCGGUUUCGAGAAAAUGGAAUGGAAGAAAAUUCCGUAUUACAUCGAGACGAUCGAGGUGUGGGGCUGCGGGGAUCAGGUGCAACGCGAGAGACAGUUGGAGGUGAAAAAGUGGGAGGUGAAGGAGGCGGAGAAGCAGAGAACUUUGAAGUUGAGCGCGGCCGAUUGGCUCGACCAUCCUGAUAGAUAUUUGUUAGAACUGGCAGGCCGACCGCAGUACCAUCAGAACCAAACGUAGUAGUAACACAAGUUUUUUUUUAUUUAUUAUUUUUUUUUUUUAACUGGGAAUAAUACUUAAUUACGCCAAAAUAUCGUUUGAGAAAAGCACGUAACGAAAAUGCUUUGAUAUAAGCCAUAAAUUGAUACAAACAGAUCUCAGAAGUGGGAUUUUGGUGCUCCGAACAUUUUUUUUUUACCAUAAGGCUUUUCUACAAGCCUUGACAAUCUUAUUAUUUGUAAAUAAUUAACUUAUUUCCUCUAUACAAUUUAAAAACGCCAGAUUGCACUUUUAAACUUAUUUUUUAAGACUCAAUUAAUUAUUACUGUAUAUAUAUAUAUACUAAAAUUGUCUAAGCCCUUAUAGAGAACACGGUUACUUAAGGUUAAGUUUUUUUUAUGGUCCUAAUAUUGUAGUUGGUGCCUUUAAAUUAUUAGGUGCCUUAUAAGCACAAUAAAUUUGCUACUUUAUCAUACUACUAUUUUAUCGAAUUUAAUAUUGUACUUAAGAAUUUUAAUUAUUAUACUUAUGCUCAAAAUGGGAUUUUUGGCCUCAAGAGUGUUGUUUUAAAAUUGCCGCGCUGUUCAAAUAUGCGGGGCACACCUAUUGUUAUUAUUAAUAAAAGGAAUAAUAAGAA